GCCGUGACGUCAUCACGCAGGGCCGCAGUUUGCGCGUGACAUGAGAUUGAGGCGGAAUGGAAAACUGCACAGUAACGACGAAGCAAGCGCGGAUCGUCUCCUGACGCGCUCGAGGAGAACAACAGCUCAGCUCAGAGAGCUCGACGAUGCCCCACGGAGACGCCGGCGGUGCCGAGAGCGAGCGGCACGAGCCUCUGGUCCUGGAAAGCGUGCCGGAAGAGGCGGGACGAAGCUGUCAGACGGCGUUGUGCCGCCGCCUCCAGAAACAGCGCUCGCGCUCGGCGCGGGAGAUCAAGUCCGAGGUCCUGGGCUUCGUGCCCAUCCUGCAAUGGUUGCCGCGCUACCAGCCGAGAGACUGGCUCCUUGGGGACGUCAUGUCGGGACUCAUCGUGGGAAUCCUGUUGGUCCCGCAGUCCAUCGCCUACUCCUUAUUGGCCGGGCAGGACCCAAUCUACGGGCUGUACACCUCCUUCUUCUCCUCCAUCAUCUACACGCUGCUGGGCACCUCCAGACACAUCUCCGUGGGCAUUUUCGGGGUGCUCUGCCUGCUGGUGGGGCAGGUCGUGGACCGGGAGGUGGCGUCGGCGGGGUACCUCACGGAGGGCGGCGGCGACGGCCUGGCGGGCGUCAACGCCAGCGCGUUGGAGACGUGCGACAGGAGCUGCUACGCGAUAACGGUGGCGGCGACGGUCACCUUCACCGCGGGGGUCUACCAGGUGCUGAUGGGCGUCUUCCAGGUGGGCUUUGUGUCCGUCUACCUGUCAGACUCGCUGCUCAGCGGCUUUGCCACCGGGGCGUCGCUAACCAUCCUCACCUCCCAAGUCAAACACCUGCUGGGGCUGAAGAUCCAAAGGCCGCGGGGCUGGUUCACCCUCUUCAAGACCUGGUUCAGCCUGCUGGCCAACCUGGCGCACGCCAACCUGUGCGACCUGAUCACCAGCCUGGUGUGCCUGCUGCUGCUGCUGCCCACCAAGGAGCUCAACAACCGCUUCAAAAACAAGUUGAAGGCUCCGAUUCCCUUCGAGCUCUUUGUGGUCGUCAUCGCGACGCUGGCGUCUCACUUCGGUCGCUUCAACGCAGACUACGGCUCGGACGUGGCGGGCGAGAUCCCGACGGGCUUCCUGCCGCCACGGCUGCCGGCGUGGUCGCUCAUCCCCGCCGUGGCGGUGGACGCCUUCUCCGUCGCGCUGGUGGGCUUCGCCAUCACGGUUUCGCUGUCGGAGAUGUUCGCCAAGAAACACGGCUACCGCGUGGACGCCAACCAGGAGAUGUACGCCAUCGGGUUCUGCAACAUCCUGCCGUCCUUCUUCCGCUGCUUCGCCACCAGCGCCGCCCUGACCAAGACGCUGGUCAAGGAGUCGACGGGCUGCCAGACGCAGGUGUCGGGCCUCGUCAGCGCCGUGGUGCUGCUGCUGGUGCUGCUGGUCAUCGCGCCGCUCUUCUAUUCCCUUCAGAAGUGCGUGCUGGCCGUCAUCAUUGUGGUCAACCUGGGCGGCGCCCUGCGCAAGUUCGCCGAGGUCCCCCGCAUGUGGCGCGCCGACCGCGUCGACGCCGCCGUGUGGCUGGUCACCAUGGCCACCUCGGCGCUGGUCAACACGGAGCUGGGCCUCCUGGCGGGCGUCCUGGUGUCCGCCUUCUGCGUCCUGGGCCGGACGCAGCGGGCUCAGGCGCUGGAGCUGGGCCGGACGCAGGACGGGGACCACUACGAGGUUCUGUCGGCGUACCGCGGCCUCCGCUCCCACCCGGCCGUGGCCGUCUUCAGGUACCCGGCGCCCAUCUACUACGCCAACUGGAGUUUGUUUAAAAAGUCUUUGUACCGGCGCGCGGGGCUCGACCCGCUGAAGGAGAAGACGCGGCGCGUCAAGUUCGAGAAGAAGCUGAAACGGCAGAACGCCGAGCGGGAAUCGGUGCGCAAAGAGGACGGCGAGGCCGCGGCCGGCGUCACGUUGGCGCCGGAGCAGAAACCUUUACGCGGCUUAGUGCUGGACUGCGGCGCCGUCUUGUUCCUGGACGGCGCCGGCGUCGACGCGCUCAAGGAAGUGCGCAAAGAUUACGGCGAGCUGGGGGUGGCGGUGGUCCUGGCUCAGUGCAGCCCGGCCGUCCUGGACGCCCUCCGACGAGGGGGCUACCUUCCGGAAAAACAGGGAGGGGACCGCCGCUUGACCUUCUUCACCAUCGCGGACGCCGUCCGUCACGUGCAGCGCGCGUCGGCACCAAACGGCGAUGACAACGGUGCGUGCUGAGAUCGAAGUGACCCGAUUACGUUUAGGAAAACAAGCCGUGCCUUGCUAGUAGGCUGCCGUCAAGUUACCGACGGGGCUGGAUUUACACCGCGGCGUUGUGACUGUAACGCAAUCGUUUCUGCUCGUUCGGCACGAGCAGAAAAUAAAAGAAUGCACAAUUUGCAAUAGCACAGAUCUGAGCCACAUUUCAAAGAGGCGCGAUUCAAAUCUGAUUUCAUGGUUUUUUUUUUUUUUUUUUAAAACUCUCUCACGAUGCAUAUCCGAACCGAGUUAACCAUGCGGUGCAAAUCCAGCCGAGGUGAACUGUUUUGACUUUUCGUUCUAUCAGAGAUUUCCGGGUUUAAACGUAGCAACUACUUUAAGUUGGCCCCGGUUACUCGACUCUGCGGACUCGGCACGGGCUGGCAAGCGGUUUACCGCAGUUUGAAAAAGCCCGCAAAACUUUUAUAUAGUCAUAUAGUCAAAAGCAACACGACUCCGCUCCUGUUGUUGCUGCGAGCAGUCAAUUCAUUCUUUUGGGAAUUGAUUUUGGGUCGAGGAAGGACAUGCAAAAUGUGCUUCGAAAAAGCGCCUCUUGAAACGAACCGGAGUUAGUUUGUGGACAGUUGGGGAAAUAAAUACUAUAGACGCUCGACCGCGGCAGCUAACUAGCAUGGCUAGCAUCUGUUCGUUUGCGCGGAGAAGAGCAGAAGUUGCUGGUCAUUUUCCAAGUACGUACUACAUGAAAUUGGUCAUUGCUUUUUGGGGGUUUCCUUAAGUACUUACAGAAUGGGUUCAAUGGGAGAAUGUUAUUUAUGCAAACAUUUUUGAGCUGUAAUUGUGCAGCAAUAUUUUUGCUCAGGCUUAUCCUGAUGUCAGAAUCUGACACCGGCCCAUGUCUAGUGUGGAUGAGUCUCUCUUUUCUUUUUCUUUUAUUUGUGACCUACUGUAUAGAAUUGUUAGCAACUUCCAGUCCACAAGGGGGAAACGUUACCUGCAACUUCGUGUCGUCGUUACUGAAAUGAUGACGUUUGUUCCAAUGCCAAAGUUUUACGUUUAGACAGAUGAGUUACUGACGUCCAAAUGUCGUUUACUGAAAUACAAAAGUGGCAUGAUGCGUUUUUAUUUUCCACGUGGCCAAACCACGAGCGGGCGUUUGUUCAACCGUUAAGCACCGCAGGUUCGAUUCCUUCGUCCGUGUUUGCCGAGGGCGACGCGCUCGCCGAACAAACACGGAGGCGAGCAAAGUUCACAGCCAGUAGAGAAGUCGAGUCCAAAAUGGAGAACUGAAAGCUCGAAUGUGAAAUACCAUACAAAUGAAAACUCCUUCUCAGGAAUUCCUGCGGUCUGUGAAUGAAUAACGUCGGCGUGACGUAACGUCCUCAACCGACCGCAGCUGCCCAAAACGAAGAGCGUCUUGUGAUGAGAACCUUUUUGAAUACAAACCGCUUGUUGGAUCUGGGACAAAAAGUCCCUUUGCGUCGUCGUCAACGAUCCUUUUUCAUUUUUGAAUAACUGAGCCAAGUCGCUGGCUAGCAGUGCGAAAAAGCGUCCAUACCGCCCACUAGCGACUGUAGAGAUUAUCGUCUUGUGUUGGCGCGAGAAUGUUAUUGUUUUGAACUAACAACCCGGGACGCUCGACGCGGCCGCCGGCAUCGGCAGAAAUUACGCCGGACCCCGAUUCAUUUUCAAUGCUGUUCAAUCUGCAGUGCUGGAGGCCGCAAGUGAUUCCAAAUAUUUCUAUUUUGUGGGCUGCCGUACCAUCUCAACUCGUUUUCGCAGCCUUGAGCAAGCACUUGUUGGAUGUUCACCAACUGACACUGGUGACUGCUACAUCAUGACAAUCUUUGUAUCUUUUGUUGUUGUAAAAGUGGAUGUAUAUUUAAAAAAAGCGCCUUUGAGUCGAUGCAUCAUAAUUGGCAAAUGCCUUAAUAAAAUUCACAUAUUGUGUGCGUUUUUAA